GUAAAUGUUCAUUUUGUUUUCUUUCUUUUUCAUUUUGUUUAUCAUAAUAUAUCGAACUUACCAUAGCUGAUUUCUGCUUGGCUAAACAAAAAUAAACAUGCGCGUGCGGUACACACAUUUGAUUUCAGCGCGGGCCGAUGUUUUCGUCGGGAUUUUUGGCGGCUGUCUGGGGUUCUUCAUGCAUGAGAAGGAGCGCCCGGCGCGCCAGCAGCGUCCGCUUUUGGAUCUGGUCAGGCGGAGACUUGCAGAGAGCUAAAUAUUAAUUUUAUCUUUCGUCGCGGCAGAAAAAUAUAUCCGAGGCUCGAGACAAACGGGACAACAAUCGACGGCGGCUUAGAGUGUGAUAGAUCAAAAAUUAUAGUUUUAUUUUUCGCCAAGCGUUCUAUUGUUUAUUUUAUUUUAUUUAUUUUGGCUCUUGCUUUUGCUCUUGCUUUUGCCUUUGCUUUUGGCUCGGCGAGACCAUCAGCACCAGCGCAAAGAGGGAAAUGAAAAACAAAGCGUUCGAGCUUAUAGGCGAAAGAGCGAAAGAAUCGCGUACAUUUAAAAGGCCACUAUGCUUUUCUCCUUGCUCCUUUCAUCCUUUUCCGCUCUGUUCUGUUCUUUGCUCAUCACAUUUUUUUGUAUCUCUUUUUCCAAUAGGCAUGUUUCAGCUACCUACACCUCCGCCCCCGUACUCUGCCGCAGCCAGGGCCAGCAUGGGGCGCCAGACCCAGCAACAAGACAGCGCGGCCAGACUAGCUGCGCUUUCUGCUCGGCUCGCUCAAUACACCAAUGCUAACAGCACCUCCACCACCGCUGCCACUGCCACUUCCACUGCCACCGCCACCACUACUGCCGCGAGUGCUGUAAGCCAUGGUGCUGGGCAGCAAGAACAGUCGCCCAACACUUUUCUCUUCCGGUUGGCGGUCAUGCUGUUCAUCACAUACUUUGUAAAGUCUGUGCUGACCCUGUUUGAGUAUGUGCUGAACCUGGCUCUUUAUUCUAUGGUGCUUGGCGCUGUCGUGUCGUUUGUAAGGCCUGGGCCCAAAGAUGGACCGAUGCUUACGAUGCUGGGAUACUUGGAGGCCACAGUCAACCCUGCGUAUGUGUUGGUAGUUGAAAAUGCCACGCGCAUUUUGGGUGGUCCCAUCUUGGCUGUGCUUAACUUCAUAAAAUUCAACACCAGUGCUGGCGCCGGAGCUGCAAACGGUGGUGGUCCAGCCCUCAUGUGCUGAAAGCCGAUGGAUGCGUGCAUUUCACUCGUUUUGCCGCAGGACUGAUUUUUUCUUUUCAAAGUGGGCCUUGGCGCAUGACGAGCAAAGUCAAACUUUUCUGCCAGUGACCUACCGCUUCCCUUCCUUUUUUGCAUUGAGUGCCAGACCCGUGUCUGUCUCUGGUUUUUUUGGAGAUCCUCCUCCUUCCUCAUCAGCAUUUUCUCUCACCACUUUUCUCUCACCACUUUUCUUUAUCCA